AUGAACGGUCUAGAGGGAAGCGUCUCGAAGCUUUCGCUGGAAAACAACAGUAAGAAGCAUAAAAGGCCAUUUCGCGCAUUCCACUCUUUUAAUGAGCCUACUAAUCAGUACCAAAACUUCGGAGCCAUCCCACAUACCGCUUCUACUACCGAAAGUUCUUUUUUGAACCCCCAAUCUGGUGCUACAACGCACCCUUUAACUGCUAAUGAGCCUGCUCCUCCAUCGUCUCAUUUGGUUCCAGAACAACGGAUAUUGGACCAGCAACAAAUGCUGACCCGCACAUUUGUUCCUGCAGCUGAAUCUCCUCCGCCACUAGCGACUACACAGUUUUAUAGUUCUAACCAAAAUUGCUGUGAUCCGAGAUUUAUGUCCUUAUCUGUGUACAACAUUCCGGAGAGCGAGACCUUGAGGGCAGCGACCAAGUUGCCAAUCAGUGUUAAUGUGCAGCCUUUCGCGAAAACAGCUUUUGUUGACGGUGAUGUACCGUUGGUUCCACUUGAAGGUGAUGGUCCAUUACGUUGUAGGCGUUGUAGGGCAUAUGUGAACCCCAAAUCUACAUUUACUUAUGAUUCUAAGAUGGUGUGCAAUUACUGUCAAAUCAAGACACAAGUUUCUCAGCCUCAAUAUUUUUCUAUGGGUGCUAAUGGUCAAAAUCUUGGCUCUGUAGACAGACAAGAGUUAAAUUGUGGUGUAGUUGAUUUCCUUGUUCCAAGUGAGUACCAUGUCAAGCCAAAUCAACCUACUGUUCCACUUCACUAUGUGUUUUUAGUCGACAUUUCCUCUUGGGCGAACGAAAAUAAAAGUUCUCUAACAGUUCUGGAAGGUGUAAGAACCUCCAUUACCUACAUUGCGGAACACCAACCAAAUUGUAAAGUAGCCAUUAUUGCGUUCGACCGUUGGUUAAGAUUUUUUAAUUUGAGACCGGAAGCAAACCGAGCACAGGAAUUGGUGGUUUCUGAGCUAAGUGAAGUGUUCCUGCCUCUAUUCCAUGGACUCUUUGCUAGACCUGCAGAAUCUAUGCACGUUAUCCAAGACACACUGCUAAAACUCGAAACUUUCAUCCAAGACGAUAAGUUUUCUCACAAGAACGAAGCAUGCUUUGGAUCAGCAAUUGAUGUUGCUAUGCUUGCCUUGCAGACCUGCACCAACGGUAACGGUGGUAAGAUUAUCGCGUCACUGAACAUGAUACCUACUCUUGGAGAAGGUAAUUUAUCCAUCAGUAAAGACGAUGGGACCAAGAAGCACCUAAAUUGUGAAAAUGAGUUCUACACCAAGAUUGCCCAAAGUAUGCUCAAAUCCUAUGUUUCGAUAGAUUUGUUCUGUACAGGCUCUGCUUUUAUGGACCUGGCCACUAUCGGUCAUCCUUCGCUAGUCACGUCAGGGCGUUUACAAUACUAUCCAAAUUUUAAUAUAGACAAAGAUGAAUUCAUCCUUGUCAAUGACAUGCUACACUCGGUUUCUAGCAACAUCGGUUACCAGGCUCAACUAAAGGUGAGAUGUUCUUCUGGACUUUCUGUCCAGAACUACCUUUCUGUUGCAUGUGGAAACUCGGACAAAGACCCGAUUAUUCCAGUUGUAACGACAGACCAAAGUUUUGAUGUAUUGUUCAAGUACGAUGAGGUAUUGCGCUCGAGAACUGACGUAUACUUCCAGGCCGCCAUCCUCUACACCGACCUGGAUGGAAACAGGAAGGUGCGUACCAUUAAUACCACCGCUGCUGUUAGCACUAGUGUCGGGGAAAUCUUUAAGUUUGCAAACCAGAAUGUUAUAACAAGCAGCAUCAUAAGGGACAUUUUAUCCAAAAUGAAGGAAUGUAACGUUACUCAGCUUCGGAAAACCAUAGACACCCGCUUAACAGAAAUCUUGGCUCAGUAUAGAGCGCACGUGGACGGUUCCAGUAGCACACAGCUAAUUCUUCCUGACGCUCUUAAGUUCCUCCCAGCCUAUUUCCUGUCGUUUAAGAAAUCCUACCUUCUCCACAGUAAUAACUACUCGAGCCGCGAUAACGAUCGUGUCGUGGAUUAUUUCAAGUUCUGGCAACACAACCAGCCACAAUUCUCCUACAAACUCUACCCCCAAAUUUUCCCCUUACACGAGCUUCUAACCCCAGAAGAUUACACGUUUUAUGACGAGAACAACCUCCUUCUCCAAUUAUACUCAACAUCCGCCCUGACUGUCCGCAACUCCCACUCUGCCCUUGUUAACGGUGGUUGUUACCUCAUUUUUCAGGGCGAUCUAGUGUACCUCUGGUUCAACGAAAAUACAAACCCCCACUUACUCCAUGACCUUCUAUCAAUAAAAACCCCCGCAGAUUCGAUUAACUACGCCCACCUGUCAUUAUUCGGAGCGCAAUUCCCUGUUCUAGAAACUGACAUCAAUUCCCAAGCGCGUAACAUAAUCCAAUACUGGGCUCGACUAGUCAAUCGCUCCUUCUUACCUGUCCUCCUCCUAAGACCAAACGUUGACUCAUACUACUCCCAAGUACUAGCAGCGCUCAUGUGUGAAGACAAGUCAGUGGAAUCACUCGAAUGCUACGAUAACUACCUACUACUACUACAUCGUACAAUUAAAGAAAACGUCCAACAAGACCGCUUCACCAAACUUUCCUCCUUUAACAAAGAAGGGAACGACAGCAUCGCCCAGCGAUUCAUACAUUUCUAG